CCCGCCUGCUUGCCCGGCUGCCGGCUGAGUUGCGGCGGCGGCGGCGGCGCGAUGGGGCGCAUCGAGUGGGCCAUGUGGGCGAACGAGCAGGCGCUGGCCUCGGGCCUCAUUUUAGUGACUGGUGGCAUUGUGGCUGUUUCAGGCCAAUUCAAAAGGUGGGAGAUUGCAGUUUAUGCAAUCGUUGCGGGGGUGUUUGUUUGCUUUUUGGAGUAUCCCCGAGGAAAAAGGAAAAAGGGAUCUACUCUAGAGAGAUGUGGCCAGAAGUAUUUCACAGCGGCUGUGAAGACCUGUGGACCCCUGACGAGGAAUUAUUAUGUCCGGGCUGUUCUCCAUGCAUGUCUAGCCAUUCCUGCAGGAUAUUUGCUGGCCACGAUCCUUGGCACCGUUUGCCUGGCCAUAGCAAGUGGCAUCUACUUACUGGCUGCCACACAGGGCGAAGAGUGGCGCCCCAUUGAAGCGAAACCUCAAGAGAGACCCCAAGUAGGAGGCACCAUUAAGCACCCCCCCAGCAACCCACCUCCCCGACCCCCUGCAGAAGCCCGGAAGAAGCAAAAGGAGGAAGAGCCAACUGGCCAAGAAAACCCUAUUGAAGUGGUUCCUUAGGAGCCUCCCUCAUCAGAUAGACUGCAGUCGGAGGGAGAGGCUCCACUUCUGCUUGACCAAGGCAUGGGAGACACCCUCCAGGAUUGAAACUCGGGACAGAUCUUUCCCAAGCAGGAGAAUAUGGCUAUACCUGAACUUCUGUGGUCUUUCUCUUGGGUUUCCUCCCUUGCCCCCCUGCUGACUCCCCUCCCCCAGGUAUGUUUGAAACAGGCAGGGCUUGCAUGCCAAUAAUUGCCAAGUCAUAACUGAUGCUGAGUUUAAGCCCGAAGGAUGAAAAAAAUGGAAUUAGUUUUAAGUACACAGACAUAAAGUUUUCUGAGGCUGGAUUUAAACUUGAAAAGAUUUAAAGAAAAGGUGUAAAAUUUGAAAUGCUGAAAUAAAAAGUGAUUCCAAAGCUUCCUUUGGAAGCAAAGUUCUUGGCUUCAUCUCUCUCCCCCUUAGAAAACAUCCUAUCUAGGGAUAAAGCACCCCCUUCUGUCUCAUCCCCUCCAGUCCUCUCUCUCUCCUCUUCUUCCCUCCCUCCCUCCCUCCCUCCCUCCCUCUCCAUCUUAUUUUGCCCCCAACUCGGCCCACCAGAGUGCAGGACUUUUGUACCCACCCUUCUCAAGGGUCUUACCAGACACUCCAGGACUUCUACCCUCUUUCCCCAAAGUUUUUGCCCCAAACUCCGCUUCCCCUCAGCUGUUGCUCUUAUUCUGUCUUUAAGUCAUUCCUGGCGCCUUUUUCUCCAUCUCAUUUCAGUUCUGAUCAAGUCCGGCUUUCCUUCUUUUCAAAGCGAAUCAGACAGACCCUGUUUCUACAAAUCGUGUAUCGAGUUUUAGUCAAAUAUUCCCAGAAGCAACAUUUUUAAUUGAAUGAAUUAAUCGUACCACCCCUUCCAUGUUUGCUGUAUUUUAUCUGGACUUACUGUGCUUUAUUAAAUUCCUCAAUUUAACAUGUGAAGUCAAAUUGCCCCCUUGCUUAUUUUAACUAGUUCAAUAAACCAGUUUUGAGAACGUUGCAAUUUU